AUGGCGCCUGAAUCUUCUACACAAACGGAUCCUGCGCCAGCAGCUUCUCCUGCUGUCCCCCCCACCGCGCAACAUGCCCCUCAGACGUACGCUCAGCAGCAACAGCAACAGCAGCAACCUGGCUUCCAGCAAGACCCUCGCAGUUAUGGACCCCCUUACGCGCCGUACCCGCAACAGCCUGCUCAGCAGCAGUGGACGCCCCCUCGAGUCGCCGAGUCUAAGGCCUGGAUGAUCACCAAGCUCACACUCCACGGGAUCGAUAUCGUUUGCUGUAUUGUUGGACUCGGUCUUACGGGCGCGCUCAGAAGUACUGAAACACUGGGUCUGGUCGCGCUCGGUGCUUGCCCACUUUUCGUCGUAGCAAUGAUCUGGGACAUCGCCGAAUUGGCCACUCGUUUCGGUCGCAAAUGGAAGGCCGGCAUUCACCCUGGCGCCCACGUCGCCAUCUCCCUCUUCAUCUGGCUUGGUGCUGCUAUCGUCGGCGGUCUCGAGAGCACUUUCAGCGCAUACUAUAAUGAGUUCGACUACCUCGACGAAGAUUGCGAAUACAAUUCUACACAAGGACGUUACAUUUGCACAAGUAGCGACAAAGUUGGUAGCAAACGCACGCUCUUCAUUGCACUGUCGGUGUUUACCUGCCUUGUCUGGCUCUGGCACUUCGUCCUGUUCGUCGGUGCCUGUAUCGAUACUCAGAAGCGAAACGCCGCAAUGAGACGACCUGUUACAAUGGUGUUCGGAGGACCGGCUUACUGGGGCCCCGGAGCGCAAGGCUUCCAGCAGGUGCCUCAGUAUUACGGACCUCCUCAAGGGCAGGGUAUCCCCAUGCAGAACUGGGCACCACCGCAAAUGGGAAAUGGCAAGAACCUAUGA